UUUCUUAGUGACUUUACUCGGGAUUAAGUGCAGAUCCAUCACUCGAGUUCGAUUGGUAGUCCUGGCACUCAACGAUCGCAGCGCAACUACUCCGCUCUGACUGUUUACAAUUCCCCGACGAAACAUGGCCGUCGGCUGUUGACUAACUCCUUGUUGAUGUUUCCUUUAAGAUUAAUUGUGAAGUAUUUUGAUUGAUUUUUUGCAAAGUUAGAAAUAACGGCGACAAGUUCACUCGUUUCUCUUUCUCUCCCAGUUAAAAAAAGACCUCUGCAUUUCAGCCUUUUAUUACAUUGGUUCUGGCUAGCAUUCGUGCUAACUUUUCCCAUAGGUAACAAUGACAGCGACUUCAGCGGGCGGCAGCACCUGUCUCACCACCAAAGGACUGGACAUCAGUCUGGCCGCUCUGCGCAGACAAGACCCCUACAUCAACAACAUUGUAGACGUGGCCAGCCAAGUUGCUUUGUAUACUUUUAACAACAGGACGAAUGAGUGGGAGAAGACAGAGGUGGAGGGGACUCUGUUUGUCUAUACAAGACUGGCAUCUCCGAGGCAUGGCUUCACCAUCAUGAACAGGUUGAGUAUGGAGAACCUGACAGAACCAAUCACAAAGGAGCUGGACUUCCAGCUCCAAGACCCAUUCCUCCUCUACCGCAAUGCACGCUUUGUCAUCCAUGGGAUCUGGUUCUACGAUAAACAAGACUGCCUGCGCAUCGCCCAGCGGAUGAAAACUCUGACCCAGCAGGAGCAGGCCCUGGCCCAGUCCCAGUCCCAGGGGGGGGGCCCUCUGCCCCCAGGGGGAGGCGUCGCAGCAGGGGGGGGAGGAGGAGGAGGAGAGGUGGGAGGAGGUGUGGAAGGCCAUCCUGUUGACAUUCUGCAGAUGCUGGCCAAAGCCCGCAACGAGUACGACAAGGGAGGACAGUCUAGUUCAGAGCCUAAGGAGAUUGGAGGCAGUAGCAUGCUAUUUGGGAACCCCCACCUCAUCAAACCAAUUCCAGUUAAACCUAUCACUCAGGACGGGGACCCUGGGGAGCCCCGGUCCCUCUCUCUGGCCACCCUGUUCGGCUCCCAGCCCCCCCACCCGUCGCCCUCGGCCAUCACGGGGCCCCUCUCCCCCCGCCCCCCCCCCACUGGCUCCGCCCCCUCGUCCGCCGCCGUCCCCCCCUCGGGGUCCGGCAAGAAACCGGGGGGCCGGCCGGCGGUGGCGCGCUCCCUCUCCUACGAUGACCCCGUGGGGGCCCCCAAAGCCGCGUGGGGCCCGGCCGCGGCCCCCCCUAGCGCUCUCCCCCUGAUGAAGGCCCCGAUGAUGGGGGACGGCGGAGCCCCCCAAGUGGAGAGCGCCAACGCUGCGGUGAGGGGCCCCGUCGCGUCGGGGCCCCCCGGGUCUCCCUACUCUGCGUACGUGGUCGCCGGGGCCCAGGGCCGCCACACCGGGCCCCUCCAGCCCCAUCUGCCCCCCCAGCCUCAGCAGCCCCCCCAGCAGGGCCAGGGGCAGCUCUGCCCCGCCAUCCAGAAGCUGAUCCAGGGGCCUCGGGUUCAAGGAGGACCCCCGCCGCCGCCGGGCCCCGCCUCGCUGCACACCGUGUCGGAGUCCCCCGAGAACCGGCUGUGUGACAACGGGCUGACGCUGGAGCAGCAGCAGCAGCACCACCAACACCAGCUCCACCACCAGCACCUCCAGCACCAGCAGCACCUCCAGCACCAGCAGCACCUCCACCAGCACCAUCACCUCCACCAACAGCACCAGCACCACCACCAACAACCGCACCAGCACCAGCCGCAGUAUCAGCAGAGUCCACAGCAAGACCACAUCCAGAGACUCUUCCAAGCACAGGCCCAGGCCCAGGCCCAGGCUCUGGUCCAGGCCCAGGCCCAGGCCCAAGCCCUGGUCCAGGCCCAGGCCCUGGUCCAGGCCCAGGCACAGGUCCCUGUCUCUACCGCCCCCUGCUGCUCCAACCCCCCUCCCCCCCUCAUCCCCUCCAUGCAACACCCGAUGCAGCCAAUCACAGCGGAGUCUGUCUCCUAUCCCCACCCCCAGCACAACCAGCAUGUCUACUUCAGCCCGUGCAAGCCCCUCCCCGACGCCGCGGCCCCCAGCAGCCAGCAGGUUCCAGGGGUGUCCUCCACCAUGCCAGGCGUGGCCCCCCAUGAGCUGCUCCAGAAGCUCCAGCUGGUGCACCAGGAACAGGGCCAGACCCCCCACGAGGCCCCGCGCCACGGCCCAGGGUUCGCCCCUCGAUUCCAGGGUCCCGCUCCAACUCAAGACCCAGGCUCCGCCCUGGGCCCUGGCGAUAAGGAGGCCAUGCGAUUCCCGGUCGCCUCCCCCCAGCGCAUCCCGGCCACCGUGGCCCCCACGCUGCUCCUCUCGCCCAGCGUCUUCUCCCAGGCCAAGGCGGCGGGGGCCCCCCAGGACGGAGGCCCCGCCGCGGGCCCCCUCGCCCCGCGCCCCCCAGCCCCGGAGGAGGCCCCGGUGCUGUCCAGGAGCCAGCUGCAGGACACCCUGCUGCACCUCAUACGGACGGACAGCUCCUUCAUCGACUGCAUCUACAAGGCGUACAUCGGCGGCCUGGCUAGAGAUAGCCAGUUCUGAGGCCCCCCCUCCUUAAGAAGCCACCCUAUCAACCACUGCCUCUAACCACUGUUACGCCAGCGCCACCUACCUAUGCAACCGCCUCUCUUGGUCAACACACACACACACACACACACACACACACACACACACACACACACACACACACACACACACACACACACACACACACACACACACACACACACACACACACACACACACACACACACACACACACACACACACACACACACACACACACACACACACCCCUGCACGGCUUCAGUUCAAUGCUCUGUGGGACUUAUCUACCUAUAGGCCAUAUUGGCUCUAAACACUAGCUAGUGUUUAAAGCCAAGAAGCAAUGUGGCGGAUAGCGGUGAAUAAGGCGCAUGGGAUUAGUUAUGGUUCCAAGUUGGCAUCGCUCAUGUAUCAGAGAGUGAACGGAGGGCACACAUCCCACUGUGUUUAGGAGAGGAAACCGUUGUCUUAAUAUCUGAAUGUAGCAGAAUCGUUUUCAAUAUUAAUGGUCUCAUUCCAUCCAUGCCGUCUUUAACCCGCUAUUCCGUCUGAUGGCUAAGAAGCAAUAAAAUAAACAGACUUUUAUACAUUUGACAUGCACGGAUGUGAACUGGAAUGUCACGUCAUUCCAGUUUCAUUUUAUAGAUAGUUUUUAUCCAUUUAAUGUUUUCAAAAGAUAUUCAGAGUUCACUUUUUAUUCGUUCUUCAUUUGGGUGUAUCAAAAAAUAUAAAAAUUCUGCCCCGGGUAUUGGUUAAUAUAACUGUUUUUUACAAACGAGUAACGGUAAAGUAAAAGUUAGCGGAAAGCUAAAGUAGCAGCGAUUAAUAUUGAGCAACAUUUUGAACAUUUCAGAGACCAUGUAGCCAGGUAAUAUGUUCCAUCGUUAAAAUAAUGUUGUUAUUUGUUUAAAAUGGAAAAGGAAAUUAUUUUCCGUUUUUUAUUAAGUAUUCAAAUUUGUUCAAUAAAAUGUAUAGAAGCCAGAAGAAUUGCACUAGGCUGUUUAUGCGCUGCUGGCUCUUUGGAUAGAGCUAGCGGCGUAGCUAGCAUGCUUUUACUGAUCGGACAAUCCAAUCAAUUAUUGGGGCUUUCGUCUAAGAGAGGUAGGGGGAUUUGACUAUUGCAACACAGAUGGUACUUUUGGCAUUAACACCCAGAAGUGUUAGUUGUAGGCAAGUUUCCCCCCUCAUGAUGUGGUUGAACUGGUGGUUUCAGACAUGGGAGAAGGCAGUAUAACUGAAGUUGUUUGGGUGUUUUCCUGCUUCAGUAGAUAAAGAGGUCUCAGCCAUACAUGUUGCCAUUCGGAGGAACAAAUACUUGAAUCCCGCCACAUGGAAAUACCAAUAUUUUUCAUACGUGUCACUUAUAUCAAUGGUCAUGUCAUAUGUUGGUGAGAUAUCACGUUGAAGAAGAAAACAAAAAAGUGUAAUAAAAAUAACCUUAUUGGGUUCUCGUAGUGAGCAAAGGGAAUCUGAUAGCCAGCCUACAGCGGUUCAACUGAGCAAAAAUAUCUUGAGAGAUUUUCCAUUUUUUUUUACUCAUUCUUAAAACUGUAGGUUAUUCUCCUACAGACAUACCUCCAGCAUGUAGUGUUUUAAAACAUUUUAAUGUGUACGUUCUGGUUUAACAAAGGCCACACUAAUUUGCAUACGAAAGGUCUUUGAAAAACUUUUCAAAUCACCAAUUUUGAUAUAUCGAAUGUAGAAAAUACUUUUCAGGUUUUAGAAAUUCUCAUUAUUUUCAAAGACAUUGUAAACCCAGGGAAUGCGAGCACACAGAUCUCAUUUAAUACCUUUCUGUCAUAAAACUCCUGUCUGUAAAUAACCACAUACAAAUUGGAUAUAAACGAUUUUCAACUCCCUUGGUCUUGGCAUUUUGUUCCUUGUUUGUUUCUGUCUUUCAACAGAUCCUAAUGUGAUAAUCACCGGGCUACCAUUUUACCUCAGGCCAUUAUGUUCUUUUCCUGUAAUCAAUAGCAUAACAAACUGUACAAUUAACCUCGCUUUUUUCCCCCCUUAUUUCAAACAAUACUCAAAAGACCUUGUCUUGAUUAAGCCUCUCUCCAAAGUACACAUCGCUUUACCCAAUAUAAAAUCAGUCCAUGUUUGUUAUGCUCGUUGGAGCGCAGAGCAACAGCUGAUAGCUGACAUUUGCUUUCUCUGGUGAGUUAAUUAAACCGUCCUGUGGAUCUUAGCUCCAAGAUGGAGGACAGACAGCAGAGUAGGAUGGGAUCAUGGUCGGCUGUUCUACGGUCAAGAAUAAUAAUGGUCUGCUGCUC